AUGGGUAAAUCGAAGCAGGAAAAGACGACCUCUACUGCUAGAGUACAGCAUAGAUAUCAAACUCGACUCUCCGAAGCUCGUGCGCAAUUGCAAAUAAAGACGCAAAUUCAAUCGUCGGGUGGCAUUGGGAGUACGCCGAUGUCUGAUUUAACUACACCCACGUCUACAGCGUCUGGACCGAUGACACCCAGCUCUGCGAACUCAAGUCCUAGUCUUCUUUCUUCUCGAAUAGAACCCGUUCGAACCGAUCCCGGAAAAGACGAGGAAUUAGAGAAGAUGAUAGCUUCCUUUAAACCCUAUUUGAAGGAUUUGAAGCCACGAAAUGUAAUCUGGGUCGAUACUGGAUGUGGAGAUUGGGAAAUGGCAGUCGUAAAAGCUGUCAUGACGAACGUCCGAAACGCCCUUUCAAAGCAGCAGCUCCAAAACUCCGGAAAUCCAAACCCCAUGCUCUUCACAACCUCCUGGCGCGUCCACGUUAUUGAUGAAACGACAAGGCACAUAUGGUGUUACUCCAUCUUCCCAUCGUCAGAUAUCCUAGCAGAUAACGCAUCCACACGUGCGUUGCUUCGCAAGAAGGGAUAUCUCACCAAGACCGACGAAGAGCAAAACAAGGUCUGGUCAUUCCUUCAAUAUGCCUGGUCGAUGAAACCUGCUACAUCGACAUUGUGCACGAAAUGUGACCUUGAGUGGAGGGACUAUUGGAAGAAGGUGUUAAAGAGAUGUGCGGAGGGAAGUGUGGUUUGUUUGGGGUGCAGUGAAGCGAAGGUUAUAGCCUCGAUGUGGCCUAUCAUGAAGAAAACGUGA